AGAGAGCUUUCUCUAUUGUCUUUGUUCAGAUCUCGAUGCCUUCUCGUAGAAGAACUCUCCUCAAAGUCAUCAUCCUCGGCGAUAGCGGGGUUGGGAAGACUUCUUUGAUGAAUCAAUAUGUGAAUAAGAAGUUCAGCAACCAGUAUAAGGCGACCAUUGGGGCUGAUUUCUUGACUAAGGAAGUGCAAUUUGAAGACCGGCUUUUCACUUUACAGAUCUGGGACACAGCUGGUCAGGAAAGGUUUCAGAGUCUUGGUGUGGCAUUUUAUCGUGGUGCUGAUUGCUGUGUUCUUGUAUAUGAUGUCAACUCCGCCAAAUCUUUUGAGGAUCUCAACAACUGGAGGGAAGAGUUUCUGAUCCAGGCAAGUCCUUCGGAUCCAGAGAACUUUCCCUUUGUUGUAAUCGGUAAUAAGAUCGAUGUGGAUGGUGGAAACAGCCGGGUGGUUUCAGAGAAGAAGGCUCGAGCUUGGUGUGCUUCGAAAGGAAACAUUCCAUACUAUGAAACCUCAGCUAAAGAAGGCACCAAUGUGGAAGACGCGUUCCUGUGCAUAACUAAGAACGCAAUGAAGAGUGGAGAAGAGGAAGAAAUGUACCUACCAGACACGAUCGAUGCUGGAACCAGCAAUCCACAGAGGUCAACAGGAUGUGAAUGCUGAAAGUAUUCAAAAUACAUCUGCUCUCUCAUC